GAUCAUCGAAUCAUCAUGUUCAAAUAAGUAAAAAGAUUGUUGCAUUUUAUAUAAGUUAUACCCAUACCUUUAUAGCUAAUCAAAACAAUUUCUUUUCAAUAUUAAUUCGUUGCCCACAUUUGAUUUUUUUUAAUUGGGGGUUGAAACUCUAGAUCUCCACUAAAGUACUAUGGUAAAUUAAUCGAACUAAAUGGCAUAAUUGGUAAAUUAUAAAAAAUAGUUAAAGCCAUGAAGGCGAUAAUUAUAUAUAUUCUUAGACAAGAAUUUCUUUUGGAUAUAUUCUUCGGUCACAUGUGAGCUUUAUAAUAUUCUAGCUUGUGGAGUUAAUUCGAACAUAUAUUGCCACUUUGGUGUAAAGGCAAAGAUUAGUAGUAUAAAAUAAAGUGCUGGUAAGUGAACUUAUAAACAAGGAAAGUAUCAAGUAGCAUACUAAUCACACUUGAACUUGAUGCAAUAUAUAUAGAGGUCGAACUCUUAAUUCAUCAAAUCAAAUCACAUAGGCAUUGUUUGUUAAGAGAGAAAAUAUGAGUGAGAAUGAGUUUAUUCUUCUUGAUCAUCCCAUCCAUAAACAUCCACUCUAUCUUACCAAAUUUGAUGGCACUGGAAGAAACCAAUGUGAAGGCUGCCUGAGGUGCUUCUUCUACGGCGAGGCGAUCUACGUAUGCACUCACCACUGCAGCUACCCACUCUUACACGAAGCAUGCGCAGAAAUGCCGCGAGAGAUCACUCUCUCCUUGCACCCUCAACACACCCUCAUCCAAAAGCAAAGCUAUUAUAUUUGCGCAGUCUGUGACUCUGGGAUCAACUUUGGCUACUGCUGCAGUAUUAGCUCUUGCAGAUUCGAUAUCCACCCAGUUUGCACGAGGAGCAUCGAAGUGAUGGGUGCAAGUGAGCGCAGCUGCAUCAAACACCCGAGCCAUCCCCACCAUGAGCUUACACUGCUGUGGAGGCCUGGUCACGCUGCUUGGAUAAGGUGCGAUGCUUGUGGAAUCAUUCACCGAGGGAGCUCCUACCUCUGCAUCCUUUGUCAAUACUCCAUCAAUGAGACCUACGCAGCUUUACCUACCACCCUCGACCGCCACCACCUCCACGACCACCAGCUCUCCCUUGCUUAUGGCCUCCCACUUGAAUACAUCGAGUACCAUUUGGAGGAGUGUCAAGUGUGUUACAAGGAGUUGCUACCUAAAUACUGGGUCUAUCAUUGUGGUCUUUGCAAAUAUGUUGCCCAUAUCGAUUGCGCCCUCUCAACAUCUGCCCUCAUGAUGAGCUAUACUGAUGUCGAUACGAAUGUUGUCGCGUUUCCUAUAAAUGACGCAUCGGAAGAGAUCAUUGGACCUUUCAUUGCUAAAUUAGGAAUACCGGCCAUCUCUCAUGAUAAUGAGAUCGUUAAAGAAAAGAUGACGAGAUUUGGUUACAUCCGCCCCUGCAGCGCAUGUGAUUGGACUACAUGGGAACGAGUCUGCUACAAAUGUGAUGUCUGCCAUAUCAUGUUUCACGCUGAGUGCGCACUGCUGCCGAAACAAGUGAGUAACCGUAGAUGGGAUAAGCACCUGUUGCUGCUAACGUACAAUGCUAGCGCCAACCAUCCAAGUAAAUUCUACUGCGAAGUCUGCGAAAAAAAUAUGAAUCCAAAGUGGUGGAUGUAUCACUGCAGAGAAUGCGAUGUUUCCAUCCAUACAAAAUGCUUGCCCACAACGUCGGGGGACUAUCAGAACGUCAAGUUUGGGCAGCGAUAUGAUUUAGGGGAACUUCACCAGCACCCUGUCGUGCAUCAGCUAACCAAUAGGUUGCGUUGCAACGUCUGUUGUAAAAGGAAGGUUUAUGGUACCCUUGGAUUUCAGUGUGCUUCAGACAAAUGUGACUUCUUCAUGUGUUUAAAAUGGUGGUGUGGAGGAAGACACACAGAUAACAUACGUGCUAUUGAAGGAAGAAACAGUGUGGAGUGUUCCAUAGAGGAGUAAUCGCUGGCAAAUAACUAUGGACUACUGUUUUCUUUGUCUGUGAUGCAUCCAUCUUUGUCUACUUAAAUAUUUGGUGUGUCAUUUGAAGUUUCUGUUGCUGUAAAAUAAAAUACUAUAUUUGACGUAAAUCUGAAAGCAUUGUAAUGAAAAUUCUUAAUGGCCCUUGAAAAUCACUUGGCCUGGCCUGCA